AUGGCAAAUUUUUCUGUUCAAUUGAUCGAUUUACCAGACGAAUUACUUUUUAUUAUAUUUAAAAAAUUGAACAAUGUAGAAUUACUUUAUUCUUUAAUGGAUAUUAAUAAACGACUCGAUAGAAUUUUAUAUGAUUCAAUAUUUACACGUCGUUUAACGUUAAUAAGAAGUUCAUCUAAUAGACAUAUUUAUCCAUUAAGAGAUGAAAUGUUAGAUCGAUUCUGUUUAGAAAUCUUGCCUAAAAUCCAUCAUAAAAUUGAAUGGCUUACUGUCGAAUCAUUGUCAAUGGAACGUAUUUUUCUUGUCGACGAUUAUUCUAAUUUACAUCAACUCGGUUUACUUAGUAUUCAAUGGGAAGGACUUGAACGACUAUUUGAUGGUAAGAUAUAUAUUGAAGUUUGA